AUGAUUCCGUCACUUGAAAAAUAUGAUGUGAGUCCCCAGUGGGGAUUUCUUCCCUCUUCAUUACCACUCACUAGACUUCCACAAAAGUAUUAUGAGAUUUGGGAGACUAUUGCUGACAAUUUACCUUCUUUGAUAUUGACUAAAAAAAUACGGCAAACUGUUGACGACAAAUUACCAGUAUUGAAGACGGACUUGCUUUCAAAUGAGGGUGAGUAUAGAAGGGCCUAUCAAGUAUUGGGGUUUAUAGGACAUGCAUAUAUAUGGGGCACGGAUACUCCAACAGAUCGGCUUCCUGCGCAAAUUGCAGACCCCUGGAUAGAAGUUUCCAAAAAAUUAGGUUUGCCACCAGUGGGGACGUAUGCUUCGUUGUGUCUUUGGAAUUUUAAACAGAUUUUUCCAAGCGACGAUAUAUGGGACUUGGAUAAUCUUACUACGAUCAACACAUUUACAGGGUCAAUUGAUGAAAGCUGGUUUUACUUGGUGAGUGUUUAUUUUGAACAAAAGGGAUCGUUGGCGAUUGCUACUGGAAUAGAAGCAUUGAAAAGUGCCGAUAAAAGAGAUUACAAAAUGUUGAUGAAACAUUUGGAGCAAUUGGCUGAGGCAAUUGAUAUGUUGGGUACCGCAUUAAUGAGAAUGGAAGAAAUGUGCGAUCCGCAUAUUUUCUACUUUAGAAUCAGACCAUAUCUUGCUGGUUGGAAGAAUAUGUCCAGUGUAGGAUUAGAAAAGGGGGUCUAUUAUGGAAAUGAAGCCACACCAAGAAGCUAUGCUGGUGGCUCAAAUGCACAAUCUUCAUUAAUACAAUUUUUUGAUAUAAUACUAGGUAUUCGUCACUAUGCAACUGGAGAUUUGAAAACGGACAGUUCGUUCAUGAAUGAAAUGAGAAAAUAUAUGCCUCAGCAGCACCGCGAGCUCCUUGAGGCUCUUGAACCAUACUCAAGAACUAUCCGUGAAACUGUUGAUUCGAAAAAAGACCCAGCGCUUACGCUUGCUUUUGAUGCAUGUUUGGCGAUGUUGAAAUCAUUUAGAGAUAAACAUAUACAAAUAGUAACGAGAUAUGUUGUUCUUCAAGCCAAAAAGAUUAACAAUAUGGGAUCGGGCACUACACUUCGGUCGGGAUUAGCUAGAAAGAAACAAAACGGAGAGGAAAAAGGUACUGGAGGUACAUCGUUACUUCCAUUUUUAAAACAGUGCAGAGACGAGACUGGUAACGCAGCUGCUGGAAGUUGGGGAAAGAGAAUCCUCACUGAUGGAGUCUUGCGUUUGAAGUAUUCAAAACCCAAUGGAAUUAAUGAGGAUGAAUAG